UUGCAAUUUUUGUCAUUUUUCCAUUUUUGUGGUGCUGUUUUUGUCCACCUUCGCUUGUUUUCCAGGAGUUUUCUCGGGAUAUGCUGAUCGGAUUAUUUCGUGAUUGACGUGAUUAUUUUAAUCCCACGAUGGAGAUCCCGCUCCCUCCCGAAUUGAUGGACCCGGACCUGUCCACGGACAGCACGGGCAACGCCACCGUCAGCAGCGUCGGACUGUACACCAACGGCCGCUACAGCAACGCCGUCGCGGCCCCCGAGCCCCUGAACAUGCCCUUCCACAACCAGCACAGCGAGUCCUCCGUCGUCUCCGCCUCGCCCACCUCCGACACCACCCGCACCUCCGCCUCGCUGGACCACAACCUCACCAACGACCGCGACCGGGACUCCACGUUCCUCAGCAGCGCCUCCACCCCCUCCUUCUCCCGCACCGCCUCGCAGUCGCCCCCCGCCCUCCCCCCGCCAGGGGUGGAGGGGGGCGGGACGCCGAACGCCGUGGUGAACAAGGAUCCCGAUGCCAAUAAACCGCCCGAGUUGAAGAAACUGUGGAAGCCCGUUAGGACGAAUCACACGGAUUUCAACGCGUGGACCACUCUGCUGACCUACGUUGAGCUCCAGGAGAAUGUGGAGGCGAUGCGGGAAGCGUACGACGGGUUCCUACUGCGCUACCCGUACUGCUACGGCUACUGGAAGAAAUAUCACGAGCUGGAGAAGCGCUUCGGCCAGGCGGAGCAAAGCGAACGGGUGCUGGAGCAGGGCGUGACGGCCAUUCCCUUGAGCAUCGAUUUAUGGAUGUAUUAUAUCAAUUUCGCCAAGGAACGCUAUCGUGGCGUCGCCGGCGAAGGCCUCAUCCGACAGUUGUUCGGACGCGCCGUGGAGGCCAUGGGGCUGGACUUCAAAUCGGACGAGCUGUGGGACGCGUACAUCGAGUGGGAGGCCAGCAUCGGGCAGCGGCGCAACGUCUUCACCAUCUACGAGCGAUUACUGCGCGUCCCGACGCUGCACUACCACCGCCACUUCGAAGAAUUCCAGAAGCUGGUGAUGGGCGCCGCGCCCGCCGAGGUCAUGUCCAGUGAGGACCUGGAUUUACUGCGUCCGCUCGUUCCCGAGGGAGAAGAUCCCGACUCGUCGAUGCGACAGAUGAUCAUCGAGUCCCGCCGCCCGAUAUACAAACUGACGGAGGCGGAAGUGGCUAAACGCUGGAAUUUCGAGAGCAACAUCCGCCGGCCGUAUUUCCAUGUCAAACCGCUGGAAGCCAGCCAGCUGAAGAACUGGAGCGAGUAUCUGGCCUUCGAGAUGGAGGAGAAGCAGAUGAACCGUAUUGUCUUCCUUUUCGAGCGCUGCUUGGUGGCCUGUGCGCUGUACGAGGAGUUCUGGCGAAAGUAUUUGACGUACUUGAAGAGUGAAAAUCAAACGGAUUAUAUUCGCUACGCCUACCAGCGCGUCUGCACGUACCACCUGUCUAACCGGGUGGGACUGCAUCUGGAGUGGGCGGCGUUCGAGGAGGAAGAAGGCAGCAUGGAUAACGCGGUGCUGGCGGUACAGAACGGUCUGAAACAGCUGCCGCAGAAGCCCAUCCUGGCGCUGCGGCAUGUGGGGAUUCUGCGGCGCAUGCAGAGCGACCCGGAGCAGGUGAUGGCCGCCUUCGACAGCUACGUCAGCAGCGCGGAGGACGCCGGCCUGGUGGAGUUCUUCCUCGUCAAGGAGGCGCGCUACCAGCUCAAACUGAAGAACGACAAGGAGCGCGCCAUGCAGAUCCUGCGGUUGGGCCUCAAAAAGGACCCGACGAGUGUUGGUCUGCUGACGGCGCUGCUGGACUGCGAGCUGCAGCAGAUGCCGCUGAAUGUGCCGGCGCUGGUGGCGCUGUACGAGGAGAUCCUGGCCAUCCCGGAGCUGGGGCUGGAGCAGCGGAUGCAGUUCCUGGAGCGGAAACUGCACAAUCUGGAGGACUUCAGUCUGGAUAUCAAAGAAAUCCACGCGGCGCACCAGCAGUAUUACGCGCUGUCCAUGCAGUUGACGCGCGGGAAGAAGCGGGCUUUCGGGGAGGACGACGACGAGCUGACCGGGGAGAGCAGCGUGAAGAAGCCCUUCGAGGCGCCCUCCAGCCUCCCGACCACGCCCAUGACGACCCCCGCGGUUGUGCCGCUGGCCAGUCCGCUCGGCUACCCCGCGGUGACCGUCGCCCCGCCCUCCUGGCCGCCCAUGCUGGGCGUGCCGCCCCCCGCCGCACCCGUCAUGGCGGUCGGUCAGCCGGCGAUGACGUUCCCCGGGUAUCCGCCCCCUACGGCCGGUGUCCCGGCCCCCCUCCCCACCUGGCCCCGGCCCCACCGCCUCCCUACGGCGUCCCGCUCCCCCCGCAGACGGCCGUCUCCUGGCACGCCUAUUAAUUGCGAUUUUUGAUCAUUUUUCGCGGGUUUAUUCGUUGCAGUGGGUCGAUUAAUUCCCUGAAUGUUCGCUUGUUAGCGGUGUCUCGCUAAUUUUGUUGAUUUACGCGCUGAUGGGCAUUGCGCAACGGAAUGGGCAUUAAAGUGGCGGCUGAUUAUUUUGGUGCUGC